AUGGUGAAUAUCACAGAGAAAAUCAAAGAGAUCGAGGAGGAGAUGCGCAGGACGCAGAAAUACCAUCUUGGUCUCCUCAAAGGAAAACUUGCACGACUACGAGCACAGCUUCUCGAGCCUACGGGUGGAGCGGGGUCUGGCGGUGGCUCAGGAUUCGAUGUGAGCAAAAGCGGGGAUGCGCGAAUAGCCCUGGUGGGAUUCCCAUCCGUUGGCAAGUCAACUUUUUUAUCAAAGAUUACGAAGACGAAGAGUGAAGUUGCAGCAUAUUCAUUCACUACGCUCACGGCGAUCCCGGGCGUUUUGGAGUACGGCGGUGCCGAGAUCCAGAUCCUUGAUCUCCCUGGUAUUAUCGAAGGCGCAGCCGAGGGUAAGGGCAGAGGGAGGCAGGUUAUUUCUGCCGCGAAGACUAGCGAUCUAAUAAUGAUGGUUCUUGAUGCUACAAAACGUGCUGAACAGCGGGCGCUACUGGAAGCUGAAUUAGAGGCAGUGGGAAUCCGGUUAAAUCGGCAACCGCCAAAUAUUUACCUGAAAGCGAAAAAAGCAGGUGGUAUGAAAAUCACAUUCCAGACGCCGCCGAAAAAUCUGGAUGAAAAAAUGGUCUUCAAUAUAUUACGCGACUACAAGAUUUUGAAUUGCGAAGUUUUGGUCCGGGAUGAGAAUGCUACUGUCGAUGACUUUAUCGACGUUAUUAUGAAAGACCACAGGAAAUACAUUAAAUGCCUUUAUGUCUACAACAAAAUAGACAGUGUCAGCCUGGACUUCCUCGACAAACUAGCCCGAGAACCCAACACGUGCGUUAUGAGCUGUGAACUGGAUCUGGGUAUACAGGACGUGAUUGAUCGGUGCUGGAAGGAGUUGCAGCUUAUGCGGGUAUACACCAAACGAAAGGGAGUCGAUCCCGACUUUUCAGAGGCAUUGAUUGUGCGCAAUAACGCUACGAUCGAAGAUGUGUGCGAUCAAAUUCAUCGGACACUGAAGGAUAAUUUUAAAUAUGCGUUGGUUUGGGGGGCCAGUGCACGCCAUGUUCCACAGCGGGUGGGGCUGGGACAUGUCAUUGCUGAUGAGGAUGUGGUGUCGAUAGCUACGAAGUGAAGGGGAAAUCAUAUACACCUAGAUCUAGAUGCAUGGAUGACUGGUUCCUGAAUCGGCCGCUACAAAGGUGACAAUAUAGAUAGAAUCAUUAAAAUCACAGCGGGUACUAGAUAAAGCAUAUCGCGGAACCUGCAAACCGUCCGAAUCGGGCCAAUUAGGGCUUCUGAUUAGGGCUGGAUCACCCCACUAAAGCUUUGGCCAGAAACAACAAGAAACAACAAGAAACAACAGAAACAACAAAGCGUUGGACAGCGGUUUAUCAACUGGAUCAAGUGAAUAUUC